GUGGGGAUAUGGGGGGUUUCUGAGGGGACAUGGGGAGGACAGGGUGACGCUGGGGCUGGCAGAGGCCCAGGGGGGUGUCCUCAGGCUGGCCGAGGGUGACGGGGCUGUGGCAUCUCCCGAGGGUGCCAGUGGUGUCCCCAGUGUGCCCACGCCAUGCGGCCCUGCCUGCUGAUCGCCCUGGCCCUGCUGGGCACAGUUCCCGCCAGCCGCUCCGCUCUCGCCAGCCCUGCGGCGGAGGACGAGGAGGAUGUGACAGAGCUGGAGGUGCCCGAGGAGUACAGCGGGUGCCUGGGCAGCAGUGACAAGCAGGCGCUCGGUGUCCCCAGCAUGCCGGGCACCGGCACCUGCCGCUACGUCGUCGUCUCCCGCUGCCGGAACUUCUACCGUGCGCAGCGCAUCUGUGCCCGGCGCUUCCGCGGGCGCUUGGCCUCGAUCCACGAUUCCCGCACCAACACCUUCCUGCUGCUCCUGGCGCGCCGGCACUCCAACGCCGGCCAGGUCUGGAUCGGCGCCGUCAGCCAGCCUGCCAUCCCAUACCCGAGCUGCCACUGGACCGACCGGAGCCCCUGGAACUACAGCCAGUGGCUGCCCGGGCACCCCCUGCCCGGCCGCCGCUUCUGCACCACCCUCUGCACCAACAAUGGGCGCUGGAGGAGCGUGCCUUGCAAGAGGCGGCUGCCCUUCAUCUGCGAGAUAUGAGGGGCUCAGCCCCCCCAGGUGCCCCCAGGCCUCCCCCACUGCUGUCCCCGCACGGGGGGCUGCACCCCCAGCCUCGGAGCUCAAUAAAGUCUCGGUGUCAGCACC